AUGACCGAAGCUGACGGCGAAAAUCUUCAUGCCGAGACCGGGGAGACAGAGGACUCGCAGAACGAUGAGGAUGAUUCACCAGCGCAAAGAUCGCGGCGGCCAAUGUGUGCAAAAUGUACACGGCCACAGCGGGCAUGCAUUUGCUCGAGUUUGCCAUCGUCGCCGGUUAGACUACCAUCUGGGCUGGAGAGCAUCCUCCUGCUUCGGCAUCCAAAGGAGCGGCGGCAAAAGCACCAAAGCGCCUGGAUCUUGGAACGCUGCGUGAGCGGAGUUCGGCAGCACGUCUCAAGACGACUGCCACGAGCCCUGCAGUCCAAGAGUAUACCUUCGGGGCUGGAACAUAUCUACGAGCAGCCGCAGAGUUGCCUGCUGGUCUUCCCUGGUGCAGGUGCCAGACCUUUGCGAGAUGUUUUGGACCCGGGCGUGAAGCACCUAAUUCUGGUCGAUGCAACUUGGCGCUUCGCGCGGGAGAUGGCUGCUGCUGUCCCAGAGAAGGACGACCCCUUGGGCCGCAUCCGCCGCGUGGAGUUGUCCCCUCCUCCCGAGACACGGCCUGUCUUCGUGGUGCGAAAGCCUAUGCUUCUGGCCAGAGAGGAAGAGGAGCAGUGGGGCUUCAGCACUGCAGAAGCAGCUGCUUUGGCCAUCGAUGAAGUGGCUCAGCUUCGCCGCACCCCCAAAGAGGACGCCGAUGCAGAGUCUGGGUCCGAGCGCACAGCAUGGAAUGUGGUGACUCGUGCGCUGAAGGCCUAUGCUCAGAUUCAGCUGCAGCAUACGGAGGCACCUCGCAUGAGAAGUGAGAGGCCCGGCUUCAUCCCCAAGCUUUACGACGGACAUUUCAAAGAGUCCUGACAUCCGCGACGUGGCGAUGUCUUGUGACCUUGCCCUUCAAACUGGGACAGGUCAUUAUCUUCUGUGGGGGAGUGAUUUUCAAAUCUCCACUUGAGCCAUGUGGAUCGAAUCUUGAAGGCGGAAGUUCAAGCUUCACUUUUUGGAUUGACAGGUGAUAUCAGGUGAUAGCCCGCAAAACUGCAUCAUCGCCAAACGGCCUGAUGUGAUAUGUGUACAAAAGAGGCUGCGUUUGAGGCGGGAAUCAUCAGCUGCACUAGAUUAAAU